UUGAAAUUGAAAUUGAAAUGUGAGACUGCGAUAGAGAGAGAGGCCGAGAGCACAGAAGAGAAGAAUUUUCCCUCCAAAUUCCAUCCUCCGCACGGUUUUGCCGUUGCAAUCCCCUGGCUAGCUUUGCUUUCGGAGAAGGUUUCUGGGGGUUUCGUUCCUUUUGAGGUGACCGGCAUGGACUCCUCCGCACAAAGAUUUCAGCAGAGGCCGCUUUCAAUCAAGCUGUGGCCCCCAACCCAGAGCACGAGGCUAAUGCUCGUGGAACGGAUGACUAAGAACCUGAUUACCCCCUCGGUCCUUUCAAGAAAGUAUGGCCUCUUGAGCAAAGAAGAGGCAGAGGAGGAUGCAAAGAAAAUUGAGGAAUUAGCCUUUGCAGCAGCAACUCAACUGUAUGAGAAGGAGCCCGACGGUGAUGGGAGCUCAGCUGUUCGGCUCUAUGCUAAGGAGUCCAGCAAACUAAUGUUGGAAGCAAUUAAGAGAGGCCCGAGAGCUAAGGUUGAAGGGGAGGUGGCCCUUUCCGAGAGAGGUAUUGCAGCAAAAGAAACGGUUUUCGAUAUUUCAGGAGGUAGAAGAGCGUUUAUUGAUGCAGAAGAAGCUGAGGAGAUACUUAAACCGCUCAAGGAGCAUGGAAAUUCAUACAAGCGAAUCUGCUUUAGCAACAGGAGCUUUGGACUGGAUGCUGCUCGUGUUGCGGGGCCCAUUCUAGCAUCCCUCAAAGAUCAAUUGAUUGAAUUGGAUUUGUCUGACUUCAUUGCUGGACGGCCUGAGACUGAAGCUCUGGAGGUGAUGAAUAUCUUCUCUUCAGCGCUCGAAGGAUGUAUUCUGAGGUAUCUGAAUCUCUCCAACAAUGCUUUGGGAGAGAAGGGUGUGAGGGCAUUUGGGCCGCUUAUUAAAUCGCAGAAUGACUUGCAAGAACUUUAUUUGAUGAAUGAUGGCAUUUCGGAGGAAGCUGCAAAAGCAGUUUGCGAGCUGCUUCCUUCUACUGAAAAUCUUCAGAUCCUUCACUUUCACAAUAAUAUGACGGGAGAUGAGGGUGCUGUUGCCAUUUCCGAGAUAGUGAAGAAGUCCCCAGCUCUAGAGGAUUUCCGGUGCUCUUCCACUCGAGUUGGGUCUGAGGGAGGAGUUGCCCUAGCAGAGGCCCUUGCGAGCUGUAGCAGAAUGAAGAAGCUUGAUCUUCGGGACAACAUGUUUGGGGUUGAAGCUGGAUUAUCCCUGAGUAGGGCUAUUCCUGUAUUUCCCGAUUUAACUGAGAUUUACCUCAGUUACCUGAACUUGGAGGAUGAGGGAGCGGAAUCACUUGCUAAUGCCCUAAAGGAGUCAGCACCUUCUCUGGAAGUCCUUGAGAUGGCAGGUAAUGAUAUCACGGCGAAGGUUGUGCCCUCCAUAGCGGCCUGUGUUGCAGCAAAACAGUUCAUAACAAAGUUGAACCUUUCUGAGAAUGAGCUGAAGGAUGAAGGAGCAGUCUUGAUUGGGAAGGCGUUGGAGGAGGGUCAUGGGCAGUUGGUUGAAGUGGACCUAAGCACGAACUCGAUUAGACGGGCAGGGGCCCGGGUACUGGCCCAGGCAGUCGUGCAGAAGCCUGGGUUCAAGUUGCUGAACAUCAAUGCAAAUUUCAUAUCUGAUGAGGGAGUCGACGAGGUGAAGGAGAUAUUUAAGAGCUGUCCGGAUAUGCUGGGCCCACUUGAUGAGAACGAUCCUGAGGGGGAGGAUCUGGACGAGGAGGAGGGUGAUGAGCAGGAGGGUGGUCCGCACGAGGAUGAAUUGGAAGCAAAGCUUAAGGACCUCGAAAUCAAGCAUUAGAAGGUAGGAUAUGGUUGGAUUUCCAUACUUGGAAACACUUCCAUCGGGGCAUCUAAAUUUAAGAAAUUUUGCUCCUUGUUGGCUAGUUCAGUGUCGAACAUACUUUUUGUCUAAUUUGCUUAGAGAUCAUAGGUCAGACUUUAGUGGGAAAAUUUCCCCUGAAAGAGCUCUACUUGGUAUGAGAUUACUAUGUUCAUAAGAUUUAUGUGACGUUCUCUUUGAAUCCGAGAUUUCUGUUCGGGUAUUAAACUUGUAUCUCAGUGACUCUGUCGAUCAAAACCGAAUGAAUCAGGACCAAUUCUUGGGCUC